AACGUACUUCCUGCGCGACGCUUCCUCUCCACGCCAGGACUGGGCUGUGGGGGAGGGAGGCGGUUAGUGGGCUUUAGCGCCUUUUCUGGCGGCGGUAGAUUUGAAGCGCUUUUAAGGACCGGGCCCGGGAGAGAGGAAACUGUCGGUGCAGGGGCACAGUCAGGAGUCUCUGCAGAGAAUACCCAGUCUUUUUGGAAACGUUACAAAGUCACCAUUUGUGCAUUGAUUUUGAUGUCUUCCCAUAAGGGUACUUUCUUGUGCAGUACCUCAUGUUUGGAAUCGUGGUCGAACUCCCAUCUGGAUCUACCAUGUGGGUGGCAGGGGCCUGAGUACUUGAAUCAUCUUUCACUGCCUUUCCAGGAACAAAACGAUUGGAUCAAUUGUCCUGUGGUGUUGGUUUUUCCUUUUUUGUCUUUUUAAAUUUAAAGAUUGAGCCCUGGGACCAUGGGAAUAAAGGUUCAGCGUCCUCGGUGUUUUUUUGAUAUUGCCAUUAACAAUCAACCUGCUGGAAGAGUUGUCUUUGAAUUAUUUUCUGAUGUGUGUCCCAAAACCUGCGAGAAUUUUCGAUGUCUUUGUACAGGUGAAAAGGGCACAGGGAAGUCAACUCAGAAGCCAUUACAUUAUAAGAGUUGUCUCUUUCAUAGAGUUGUCAAGGAUUUUAUGGUUCAAGGUGGUGACUUCAGUGAGGGAAAUGGACGAGGAGGAGAAUCUAUUUAUGGAGGAUUUUUUGAAGAUGAGAGUUUCGCUGUUAAACACAACAAAGAGUUUCUCUUGUCAAUGGCCAACAGAGGGAAAGAUACAAAUGGUUCACAAUUCUUCAUAACAACGAAGCCAACUCCUCAUUUAGAUGGGCAUCAUGUUGUUUUUGGGCAAGUGAUCUCUGGUCAAGAAGUUGUGAGAGAAAUAGAAAACCAGAAAACAGAUGCAGCUAGCAAACCAUUUGCUGAGGUACGGAUACUCAGUUGUGGAGAGCUAAUUCCCAAAUCUAAAGUUAAGAAAGAAGAAAAGAAAAGGCAUAAGUCAUCAUCAUCUUCCUCCUCAUCAUCCAGUGAUUCAGAUAGCUCAAGUGAUUCUCAGUCCUCUUCUGAUUCUUCUGAUUCUGAAAGUGCUUCUGAAGAGAAAUCAAAAAAAAGAAAAAAGAAACAUCGGAAAAAUUCCCGAAAACACAAGAAAGAAAAGAAGAAGCGAAAGAAAAGCAAGAAAAGUGCAUCUAGUGAAAGUGAAGCUGAGAAUCUUGAAGUGCAGCCCCAGUCUACUGUCCGUCCAGAAGAGAUCCCUCCUAUACCAGAAAAUAGAUUCCUAAUGAGAAAAAGUCCUCCUAAAGCUGAUGACAAGGAAAGGAAAAACAGAGAGAGAGAAAGAGAGAGAGAGUGCAACCUGCCUAACUCCCAGCCUGCGUCAUACCAGAGACGGCUUUUAGUUACUAGGUCUGGCAGAAAAAUUAAAGGAAGAGGACCAAGGCGUUAUCGAACUCCUUCCAGAUCCAGAUCAAGGGAUCGUUUCAGACGUAGUGAGACUCCUCCACAUUGGAGGCAAGAGAUGCAAAGAGCUCAAAGAAUGAGGGUAUCAAGUGGUGAAAGAUGGAUCAAAGGGGAUAAGAGUGAGUUGAAUGAAAUAAAAGAAAAUCAAAGAAGCCCAAUUAGGGUAAAAGAGAGAAAAGUAAUUGACCACAGGCAUGUGUCUGAGAGUCCAAACAGAAAAAAUGAAAAGGAAAAGAAAGUUAAAGAGCAUAAAUCUAACAGCAAAGAGAGAGAGAUCAGAAAAAACUCUGAAAAAGAUGAAAAAUAUAAUAAAAACAAAGUGAAGAAAAGGGCCAAAUCUAAAAGCAGAAGUAAGAGCAAAGAGAAAUCAAAGAGUAAGGAAAGAGAUUCAAAACAUAAUAGACACGAAGAAAAGAGGAUGAGGUCAAGGAGCAAAGAAAGAGAUCAUGAGAAUAUUAAAGAAAAAGAAAAGCCAUUAGAUUCUAAAGGAAAAGAUCAGGAAAGGAGUAGAAGUAAAGAGAAGUCUAAACAAUUAGAAUUGAAAAGUAAUGAGCAUGAUCAUAAUAAAAGUAAGGAAAAGGAUAGACGUGCACAAUCUAAGAGUAGAGAACGAGAUAUAACUAAAAGUAAGCACAGUUACAAUAGUAGAACAAGGGAACGGAGCAGAAGUAGGGACAGGAGCAGAAGAGUGAGAUCUAGAAGCCACGACAGAGAUCGCAGCAGAAGCAAGGAGUACCAUAGAUACAGAGAACUGGAGUACAGGAGAAGAGGAAGAUCCCGCAGCAGAGAGAGACGAGCAACACCAGGAAGAUCCAGAAGUAAAGACAGGAGGAGGAGGAGGAGAGAUUCCCGGAGUUCAGAGAGAGAAGAAAGUCAAAACCGAAACAGAGAAAAAUACAGAAACCAAGAAAGUAAGAGUUCCCAUAGAAAAGAAAAUUCUGAGAGUGAGAAAAGAAUGUACUCUAAAAGUCGUGAUCAUAAUAGUUCAAAUAACAGGGAAAAAAAAUCUGAUAGAGAUCCAAGUCCAUUCUCGAAAAUGAAACAAAGCAGUCAGGACAAUGAAUUAAAGUCUUCCUCGUUGAAAAAUAAGGAAGAUGAGAAGACGAGAUCCUCAGUUGAAAAAGAAUACCAAAAAUCAAAGGGUCAAGAAAAUGACCAUGUACAUGAUAAAAACAAAAAAUUUGAUCAUGAAUCAAGCCCUGGAACAGAUGAAGACAAAAGUGGAUGAGUGAGUCCUGUAUACUUACUUCAUUUUUGUCUCAAAUUUUAAGUUUUACAGACUUGGCUGAUGAAUCUCCUUUAUGUUGUUUUCAUUGUUUUGGGGUUGUUUUAUGUUUGUCUUUUUUUUUUUUUAAUGUGGACUUCAUUGAGUUGAUCUUUUGAUAAUCUGCACCUGGAUAAUUUGUACUGCUAAAGUUUUAAUAAACUUGAAAUGAGAAAAACACUUUGGUGUAACACUGUGUGCUGUGUUAAACUAUUUUAUGUAUGCAUUUUUGUGUUGCAGCAGUCAACCAGUAGCAUCCAAUUUCUUUAAUCAUCGCUUGGAAAUAAGCUUAAUGAUUGUUGGAAUACAUUGUUUAAAAAAAGUUCUUGUUUUUCAUGAUUAAAGUAACUUUAGAAACUAGUAGAAAUCUAGUAUGGAUUUUUCUGAUUACAUUUGUGAUGGAGGCUUGCAGCAAUUUUUUUGAAUUAUACAGAAGCAGGAUUUUGUCAGCUUGAGAUCUUGGACAGUUUUUUUGAUUCUACAGUAAUUUGUGCUUUAAAAUAGAUAAAUAUUUAGUUAUUUAUAAAGUGCUUUAUACCUUAUUCUUUAUGGUUCCAGCUGUAGCCAUUUUGUUUGGUUUUGUUUUACUUAACUGCCUUUUAAAAUCAUAAAUAUUUUUUUCAGUUGAUGUGCUGAUCAAGCCUAUGUUCCUAUUGUACAGCAUUUGACGGGAAUUAUUCUUUGGAAGGCUGGGUUGUAAUUCUUAAUUCUAUGUUGUUUUUGGUCUGAAGAGUUGAAAUUGUUGGUUUUUGAGAACAUUGUUUUAUUACUGUUGUUAUUGCUAUCUUCUAAAAGAAAAAUACUUUUUUCACUAAAACAUAAUACUUAAGCUAGAAAGAUCCUAAAAAUUGUUAGUAUUUACACAUUAGCUUCUAAGAUUUCUCUUUUUUGGCCCUAACCUAUAUAAUGUUGAGUGAUAAGUCUGCAUGGUUUUUGUUUUUUAAAACUUGAAGUGACUUCUUUAACUCUGAUAGCUGUGAGUUUCAAAUGGCAAGAAUAUCCAUCUUUUCUGUAUGUGUUCCAUGAUCGGCUGUUGCAUGUUUAUGACUCUGAUUUCUUUUUGUUCAGGUGACUUUAUACCAUUAUUAUUAACAUUAUUUUAAUUGGGCAUGUAUAACAUUGCCGCAUAGAAUAGAGUAGAAAGUUGCAAAACUUGGUAACUUAAACACUGAACAUAUCCAAAAUCUAUUCAGAGUUUUGUGCAUUGUAUUUUGCUAUUUUUGUGAUGUUAUCCUGUAAAAUCUCCCAAAUAAAACAUUGAACAUCCAACAAACACAAAACCUGCCUCAUUUGAAAAGAAAUUUUAAAAUUCUGAAUCCUGUAGUCUCUAGAGAGAGUUAUACUUUAAUAUUUGUCACUAUAGUGUCAAUUCUGUUACCAAGUUGGCUUCUGAGUAAAUCAGUAGCUACUCAAUGCUGUUUGUAUUGAAUGAAGCAAUGCUUAACUUGAUACUUCCCAUUAAGAUUAAUGCCAACAGUGAUACAUUUGGAUCCUAACUUGGGAAUACCUUGAAGCAAAUAUCCACAGUGGAUUUUUUCUGAUAUUUUUCUGUCUGAUCAUGGUAAAACUAGAUGUUUAUUAUAAUCCAGAGUGAUCAGUUCUUUAAGAGACUGACCAUAAUUCCACAUUAGGGAUAAUUGAGUCUUAGUGCACAAGCUGUAUAAUCUAUUGUGUAUUUUAAUCAAAUUAUUUUGUCUUAAAUUCAGUGACUUGCAUUUCAAAAUCUUUGUUAUAAAUUAUCAAGUUUAAAGAAAGGUUCAAUUAAAGAAAGGAUUUCUAAAAAAAAAAAAGGCCAUGCUAGGGAAACAUACUUCUAUCUUGUCUGAUCCCAGAGCUUUAUCUCUUAAAAAUUAUGGACGAGAACUGUCCGAAUCUUAGUUUAAAACAGUUACCAUGAGGGGAAAUUUUCAAUUAAGUAAUAUUCUCCUGUUUGGGUUAUCAGAAGAGCAACUCCAUGCCAAGCAUUAUUUAUAGGCCUUUUUUUUUUUUUUUUAAGCUUUGUUAGCUGGUUUUGCAGAACAAGUGUGGUGAAGUAGUUGAAAUGAGAGAGGACAAUCAACUAGAUUUUGUUUUCAGAAUGUAAAGAAUCUUAGGAAAAUAAUUAAGCAGCACUAACUGUACCUCAAGUCUGCCCUUGUAUUGUAAUGACACAGCUCAAAAUGGUCCUUUUCUUUCCUUACAUUUUUAAUAGUUGUGUUAUCUUUAGUUUUAUUUUGAACAUUGUUUUUCUAAGUGUCAGUUACUGGUUUUUCCAUCAAGUUGAUUUUACAUUCAUAGCUGAGCUUACGUAGUUCAUGUCAAACUAUUUUUAAUUUCAUAACCUUUUAUCCAUUUAAAGAUAGUUUAAGUAUGCCAUUUUUGUUUUUGUUUUUGCUUGAUUGGUGGUAACUGAAAAUUUCUUCAUUAUGUAGAAUUGUGUGUAGUAGCUGGGUAAACAGCUACUACAGAAAUUGACAAAAGAGAUUAAUGUAAAAUAUGCAGUAGAGAGUGUUUGUUCUAGAACAUUCUUAAAUUACUCUAGUUAAGUUCGGAGAGCAUUGUCGUUUAAGUCACUUAAUUGACGCCCUCAGAAGUUGCAAAGAACUCCUUUGAUAAAUCUGUCUUUGCACAGGUGUGAUACUAUUGCAUGUUGACUUUGCUAAUGGCCUUUGAUUGUUCUGCUCAAUGGAAGGUGUGAAAGUAAAACCAGUAAAGAUUUCUUUAUCUUAUUGGCAGACACACAUUGAGUUUGUUAUUUUGAGUAGUGGUAUUCACUAACAAUUCUAGUGUAUUUUCUACUUAGCAUUUAGAGCCAGUUAGUAUGUCUUUUAGUACUUUAUUGUGCUUUGGUCCAGAUGGCAAUGGUUUUCAUCGCACUGAACUUUUUAUAUUAAACUUCUGUAGAAACUUGUUGAGUUUGCCUUCACCAGAAGGCAAAUUUACAUAUGUACCAUGUAAUUGAUUGUUUUAAAGAAACAAAAUGAGUAUUUUUCUGUUUACUUUUAGUUGUGUUUACUGUAGUUACUCUGCUUUGGACUCAUACUUUUACAGUUGAAAAAACUCCAGGGACUAGGCUGAUGACAUUUAUUUUGUAAAAGUGUGUUUUGUUACAAAUACUUGGUUAGAGAAUUAAUAAAGUAAGCCCCAAAAAGUGCAUCUUUGGCUGGCACACCUUCCCACAGUGGGCUUCUCAACUGCAUUGAAGGGAUUCAGGCAAAUGAAAAUUCUCUGGCCUAUUGUGUGACAAAGUAGUAAGUAUUAAAGGAAAAGAAAAGGAAGUCACGUGAAUAAGAAAAUCCCAUCAGCAAGGUUGAAAGAGAGGGGUGUGUGUGUGUGUGUGCGCGCAUGCACACUCGUGCACACACAGGAGGUAGCAGAGGGACUGGUACAUGCUUUUAUUUUAUUUUUUAAAGCAAAUUUCUUAUGUUACCAAAAGCACAUGCUGUAUAUUUUCUUCCCCUUUUGUAUGUUUAUAGUGCUUUGAAAGAUUGAUAAGUGAGUUGAGCAUUUCUAUGUGGGGAUGUUCAAAGUUGUGGCUGCUCUCUUUGUGAAAGGGGAAAAUAAUGAAGUUAAUGCACUUCUUUUCCUAGCUCAGAAGUCACUGUGAUGUAUAUUUUUUUAAUGAAAUUUAGAAAUAAAACUGUUGUCUUCUCAAUUGUAAAGUUAGUUUCAAAAUGCUGCUUCUCGUUAUUCUUUAGUAACUGUUUUCUGCAUUUUACAAAAUUUAAUCUUCAAAACUGUAUUAAUUUUUAUAGUUAAACAUUGUAUUAAAUAAACUAUACUAUAGUCAACA